AUGCAAAUUGAACGAUCAAACAAAUGUACACUGCGCACAGUUUCCUUACACGGAAAUGUGUCUGCAGGAAGUAGAUUGGUUAAAGCGGCUGCACUUAGACCAGGGCUUCUCUGUCAAUUCCCUUAGCAUACAACUCAUAUGGACUCUCUGGCUAACCCGAUAACAUCAGAAUUGGUCAAGGAUUUGUGUUUUACUCAACUUGGCUGCGAUCCAGAGCUGGGUAAACUGGGACCCUGCUGCUUUCAGACCAAAACACAGAAGACCCAGUCAUGGGAGACCCUGAACCAAGUGGUCUCAACCAUCAAGUGAAAGGGUCUGAAAACAAGAAGCGGUACAGUGAGAUUUUCCGGAGUCUGGACGCCUUAGAAAUCUCGCUUGGAAAUGCGACAGUUGACAUGUUCAUUGAUGACACAGACAGCACGGACACCACAGACUUGAUCCCAGAGAGCGAGAUGCUUCCGGUGGAUGAAAAUUUCUACAAGAGCAAAAGCAAUUUGGAGGGGCAGGUGCAGAUGAAAAUCACAGUUGAGGAGGCUGAUGAGAUGCUGAUAAAAUGCGAAGGUGGUGUUGAUGCAGCACUUGAAUAUGCCAAAACGUGGUGUAAAUAUGUCAAAGAACUGCUGAGCUGGAUUGAUAAACGCCUGAAUUAUGAAAUAGAGUUUGCCAAAAGCAUUGUGAAGAUUGCAGAAUCAGGCCGAUAUACCAUUAAGCAACAGGUCUGCAUGCCACUCCAGCUGCUCUACACCAUGGUCCUGGAACAUGACAUAAAGAUUGGGAGUUUAGCCAUUGAGACUGCAGGGGCUUUGCAGCUGAGAGAAUACUGCCAGCCUCUCACAGCCAAGAGGAAUGAAAUUGAGAAGUGGCGGAAAGAAUUCAAAGAUCAAUGGCUAAAGGAACAGAAAAGAAUGAAUGAUUCACUGUCAUCCUUACGCAAGUCCCGCCUGCACUACAUACAACGCUGCGAGGAGUUGGAGAAAGCCAAGCUGCUGAGUGCCAAGGCAGAAGAUGAGUACCAGGGCAUAGCAGCAACCCACCCUGGCAGCGCCAACAAGCAGCUGGAGAAACGUCGCCGCACUCGUGAGGAGGCACAAUUGAAGGUUCAGGAAACAGAAGUUUCUUACAAGACGUGCAUCAGUGAUGCCAACUCUCGUCGGCAGGAGCUGGAAAAGGUGCGGGAGAGAAUUGUCUCCCAUAUCCGGAAACUCAUUUACCAAGGAGAUGAGGUGCUGACACGGGUCACCUUGAGGAUGUUCAAGUUGCAGCAGACUCAGGCAGAGAAGAUUCCAGUGGGGUACGAGAACAUGACUGAGUACUGCAAGCCCUACAAAGUGGGUGAGAAAUAUCUGGAAUUCAUUCAGAAGUUGCAGAAGAAAGAGGUCGCCAUGGAGGUGUUUGAAUUUGAAGCAUUUAUUCCUGCAGGGCGGAGGUCUCCCCCUAGUGGCAGAAAAAAGAAUGCAGUGCAAUACUCCUGCAUCUCAUCCUCGGCCGCUGAUCUGAGCACAUCUGCAGAAGAUGCAUCAGGAAAGCAGUUUUCCACAAACAGUGAACAAAGUGUAAACAAAUCCUUCUACAGUGACACAGAAAGCCUGGGUGGGAGUUGCGAAUCCCGCUCCCUGGACUCUCCCACCUCUAGCCCAGGGCACCAAAGCAGGAUGUUGCUAAAAGCUUCAUCCACAGGCACCAUGUCCUCCUCGGAUGAUUUUGAAGAGAGAGAUUCAUCUCAAACGUAUGAAAAUGAAAAUGGAUCAUCCCAGUGUCAGUUUAAGAACAUCUCUCUGUCAAGUGCAGCACAGACCCACCGGCUGCGGAAAUUGCGGGGUCCGUCCAAGUGCAGGGAGUGUGAAACCUUUAUGGUCAGUGGCACCGAGUGUGAAGAGUGCUACCUGACCUGCCACAGGAAGUGCCUGGAGAACCUCCUGAUCACCUGUGGCCACAAGAAGCUGCCCAGCCGAGUGCCCCUCUUUGGCAUAGACUUCACACAGGUCCCGCGGGAUUUCCCAGAAGAGGUUCCAUUCAUAGUUGUGAAAUGCACCUCAGAAAUCGAGGCACGUGCCCUCGGAGUGCAGGGGAUCUAUCGGAUAAGUGGGGCCAAGGCCCGGGUGGAGAAGCUCUGCCAGGCAUUUGAAAAUGGGAGGGAGCUGGUGGAGCUCUCAGAACAUUCUCCCCAUGACAUCACUGGCGUCCUGAAGCAUUUCCUGAAGGAGCUGUCAGGACCAGUGCUCCUGUAUGAGCUCUACGAUGAAUUAAUCGCACUUGCCAAGGACCUGCAGAGACCUGGGGAAGGGAAGAGAGACAGCUCAGGGUUCUCAGCAGAUCCCAUUCAAAGCAUGAAGGACUUGCUGAGCAAACUGCCUGGGACUAACUACAACACCCUGCGACACCUCAUUGCACAUCUGUACAGGGUGGCUCAGAGAUACGAAGAGAACAAGAUGUCUCCCAACAACCUGGGGAUAAUCUUUGGGCCAACACUGAUCCGGCCCGGCUCAGGGUGUGAUGUCUCCAUGUCGUGCCUCGUAGACUCUGGGUACCAGGCCCAGAUUGUAGAGUUUCUCAUUCUGAGCUACGAGAGGGUCUUUGGGAUGGAUGACUUGCCUCCGUCUUUGUAUGAAAACACUUCGCAAGAGGCCUUGGCAGAGAAGGACAAAGAGGAGCAGCAGAGCGCUGAGAAAGCCCAGGGUGUGACCACAGAGAGUUUCUCCUUCAAGCAUGAUUCAAGUGAGGGCUACGUGUCUGAUAAGUCAUCUUCCAGUGAAGCCAUCAAUGAGCUGACAAUGGAGGGAGCCCACAGUCCCCUGAGCACAGAUCCCCUAGAUUUGAAUAGAAAUGACGGCUCUGAGCUGGAGGACCUUGAGGAAUCAGUGCACGAAAAGCCAGACCCAGAUUCUGAUUCAGUUCUAGGGACGCAACCCAGGGGGUACUUCAGCCGGCAGCCUGUGAAGUAUUCUCGACCUGCACAGGCCAAAAUGAGGCCAGUCAUUCACAAACCUUCCAGCUUGUCCUUGAUGGCUGCUGCUCUGUCUAGCCCUCUGAUGGAGGCCGAUGCAGAAGGCAAUCCUGCAGACUGCAGCCCCAUGACAAAGGAAGACCUGGAGAAGAAAGGCAGCAGCAGGAGUAGCUCACCAGAGCCCAGCACACUGCAGCGACGUUCUGGAGGAAAACAGCAACUCAGACAUUUUGAGAUCACCCAGGAAACUGCCAGGAUGGUCUCCAAGUUUCAAACCAACAACACUUCGACAGGGUCCCCUCAAGUUUCUCUGGAAAGGACAAGCACAGACUGCACUGAACCCGAACAAAACCCUCACCUGGGGACACCAUCCCAGGAAAACCUUUGCGAACAAUGAGGAGUGCACUGCUGGAAAGUGAGACAGACCUGCACUGCCGCCAAGUGCUGCCUGCUGAAUGGUGGGGACAGAGAAGGGGAUGAGAUGAGGACCCAAUCCUAGCAUCUCUGUUAGGGAUGGAGCCUGCAGGAAAGACCUCUGCUAUGAAUCAUCAGGCAGGCUGUGGGUCAGCCCAGAAUUUCCUUUUUUUUUUACUGUUUAGCAAACUCCAAGAGACCAUUCAGAAAUAAGUCCAGAGGACUUAUUGCUCUGUUCAUGGAAAGCAAACAUCUGUCACUAGUGCCAGGAAUUUUUCUGCAAGGGAUGGGUUCUGUGUGAUACACAUUUUAGCACAGUGUGAUGAAUAAUCUAGGCAGUACAGAGAGAGCACAGAUUACUUGGCCGCGGAUACCUAGGCAGAGAGGAAAUGACUGUAAAGAUUAGGCCAUUGGAGGAAACACUCACAAAUGGUCACUUUCUUGAAGCUACAGGCCUCCACUAAUUUAAUUCCCAACAUCCCUCAUUUUUCAGCACAAAUCCAGUGAAGCAGUGUGUGUUGAUAUGGUUUGGGGGUCCUGGGGCUUCUACUGCUGCAAUUUCUAUUUUCUAUAAACACAGAUAAAAAGCAUGUAUCUUUUAGGAAAGAGAAGAGAUUGUGCCACCCAGUGAGCAGCCUCAGUGUGUUACUUUAUCUUAAUUCCAUCUCUCUGCUUUUCCAACAGACCCCUCACUCUCUAGCAUCUCUAACUGUUGUCUCACAAACAUAAUCCCUUGAACCCAUUACAGAAGGGCACAUUUUCACUAAUCCAAAGCAAGACUAGUCUGUAUUUUGGUGGUUCUCAACAUCUUCCAUAUCAGGAUCACAUUAAGACAACACCCUCCCCUUCCUGCCCUGCACAUUGAUUAUUCACAUGGAGCCCUAUUCUGAUGGUGUCAGAACCAAACUAAGUCCAUGUGAUGUUUGUCUGAGUAAAGAUCUCAAGAUUAGGCCCCAGAUGAAUACAUGACUAUUAUGUAAUGAGCUAACACUGAAAUAUGUAAAAUAAAAUGAUGGGUAGCUACGUGGGGUGAUUUAUGGUAAUAGGGUGCACACUGCAAUCCACAGAUAUGGAUUUUCUUGGUUUCUAGUUAUGUACAGGGUGAAAUUCACCCUUGUGCAGAGGGCAGUGCAAGGACUGGCCACCAAUUUAAGCUCCUUUUGCAUAAGGGUGAAUUUCUCCAAUAGUGAGCAGCUGUUGAGCUACUUGUGUCUGAACCAGGAAGCCAUUAGCAAAUGGUUAAAGCUAAUAUUACAUCUCUCCAAGUCUGCUCAGCAUCUCUCUCUUUCUUCUGAUAAUGUUGGCCACCUUCUUUUUUCUCUUUCCUUAUCCCUGAUCUUUUUAUUUGUUCCUGUUUCUUAACAAGAUCCUAAAAGAAACGCUAAGGAUUUACUCCCAGCAGUUGUAGAGCUUGGGCCAGAAAAUGGGGGAAAUCACCCACUCACUCCACAUCAUGCCUCAAAAGAUGUGUAUUUAAUGUUAAUAUGUUGCUUUGUAUUCUUGAAUAUUAAAUUAUCUUUUAAUAAAAUUUCUGUAGUAAGUGUUA